CUGCGUCCAUCUCACUGGACAAGCAGACUCGGGAAUGCAUCUUGAGGUGCAAUACUGCAAGGAUCGCAGAAGAAAGCUAUACGGUGUGCCCGAGACUGCAGCUGUGCUGAAGCGCACUGUUGAGGCUCUUAUGGAGAGAGGAGCCAUUGUGAGGAACCUAGAAAACCUGGGAGAAAGGUCUCUACCGUACAAAAUCUCCAAGCACAAGGAGCGCCACAGAAGAGGAGGGUAUUUUUUGAUAGACUUAGAGGGCCCACCUUCGAUUGUAUCGACCAUGAUGGAUCAUUUAGGACGUGAUAUUGAUGUAAUUAGACGUGCUUUCAUAAAGCAUCCCGUGUCAAAGACAGAAGAAUGCAGUGGCAUAAUCCCAGUCAACAGUGAAGAUAAACUAACUGCCAAGAAGUGA